CCUUCAAUUGGGCCUCGGUGUCUAUUUGCAAAAGGGGUGGAGGCUGCUCAUGUUUUCCUUUUCCUUCCCCCUUCGAUUACAAGUUCCGUGUUCCGUAUGACAAAGAUGUAGUUUUCGUACGACAUAAAAUCUUUGUGUUUUGUGUUUUGUUCUGGGAUUUUGGGUCCUAUAAUUUGUCGACAAGAAACGAACGAGGAAAUUAAGGUUUUUUGUUGGGUAUUUUUGGAUUUGGUUUGAAUUGAAGGAGGUGGAAGGAGGGAGGAGAAAUGGCGGAUGGGGAAGAGAAAGGCAGUGACUUCUAUGCAGUUUUGGGGUUGGAAAAGGAAUGCACAGACUCGGAGCUCAGAAAUGCCUAUAAGAAACUUGCACUGAGAUGGCAUCCGGAUCGGUGUUCGGCCUCCGGAAAUUCUAAGUUCGUGGAAGAAGCCAAGAAGAAAUUCCAGGACAUCCAAGAAGCCUAUUCUGUUUUAUCUGACGCGAAUAAGAGGUUUCUGUACGAUGUUGGGGCCUAUGGCAGUGAUGAUGACGAAAACAAUGGGAUGGGUGAGUUUUUGGACGAGAUGGCAGUGAUGAUGCGCCAAACGAAGCCUAAUGAAAAUGGGCAGGAGACCUUUGAAGAAUUGCAGAAUCUUUUUGAUGAAAUGUUUGAAGGGGAUACUGGGAGUUAUGGGUCAGUCUCUCACCCUCCUAGUUCCUGUUCUACGUCUUCGUAUGUGUCCUAUUGUGAAAGAUCAAGUUCCAGUACUAAGCGGAAUUGCUCCGAAAUGAACUAUGAGAAGGCGACCUUGGACGAUCCUUCUGGCUUCGACACUCAUUUUCAGAGCUUUUGUUUAGGGACAGGUGGAAAGCCUUCAAGACAUCGGGGAGGGGACGGCAGCAAGAGAAGUGAUUCGCGCAGAAGCCAUCGGUAAUCGAAGGCGGGGCAGGAAACAAAAGGUUACAUCUGGUAAUGAUGUUUCUUCAAACGACUACUCUGGUAUAUCAGCUAGAUGAAGUUAUUGAUCCUUUUACUUAUGGACUUAUUUGGGAACUUAUUUGGCAAAAUUUUAAAUCAUCCUGGAGAGUGCAGAAGAGUAACACCACCACCACCAUGAGGAAUUUACUCGUUACUUCUAGGCAGCUUUGUGCAGGUUUAGCAGAGGGUGGAAUGGGUUUAGGGUUUAAGCUUUCAUUGUUGCAAUUCCUGCCAUGCCAUACUAUUAGUGGUAAUGGCAUUGUUUCAAAGUCGUCAAUUGUAAUCUCAGUUACCCAUUGAUGUUGGGAUUUCAGUAGUUCCCCUUUCUUUAUUAUUUCAAAUCGGAAAAAAUACUUGACUCGUUACAUGUAGAACGUAGUUUUUCUCAUAUGGACAAAUAAGUUUGACUUGUGCAGAA